ACAACAAGCCGCCAUUUUGUUUGUGCGGACUGACCGUCCGAGCGGAGGAGAUAACCGAGCGAAGGAGCGACUCCGGCGACCCAAGACAGCCGCUCGCUAAACCGCCGGCUGGAAGAGAACCUAGCGAAAUCCCCGUCCGCGUUACCGAGAGAGAAAAAAGACGCCACCGGGGAAGAAAAGGCGGCUGUGGAGAGGAAACGGGAGUCGGUGAUAGAAAUGAACGCAUGAGGAGGAAAUAGUGUGAAAAAUCCAAGGAAGGGGGUGUUUCGUGGAGCGGAGACGCGGAAGAGAGCUACAUAACACAACCAGGAGGGGGGAAAUUGCGGAAAAAAGGGGCGCUACAUAAAGAUGAAAAAUAAUAAUGUGUGCGUCGCGGAGGAAGGAAAGAGCCGACAUAGACAAUUAUAUAAAUAAAUUGCUGCCGGGCAGAAGGGAGAGGUGGAAAGAAAGGCUGCUUUAAAGAGAAGGGGGGCAUUCUCCAUCACAAAGAGUCAAUGAGGGAAUAUUUUGAGAGGGGGGUGUCAUUGUUGUACCGAUGUGGAGCUCAUCUUAUGAAACAGCCAUAAUUGUCACAUUUUCUUCAUUUAAAAGCAAAGCAUCUCCUCCCCCCCCUCUUCCGACGGAGCAGCAAGACCUCUCCACGAUCAGUGAGUGUUCCGCCAAUCUUACAAGUUCAAUUAGACGGACAUCCUCAUUCGGUGCACAAGAUCAAGUGGUCGCUUGUUAAAACAUGACUAAUUGGAUCGAUCCGAUUGGCAAUUAGCGUCUCAUUACACCCAAGUACAUUGUUGGCUACGAAUAAAGUCUGCUUCAGCAUCGCUUGCAGCAUUUGUUUAUUUUCUGACAAGUUUCCCUGCUCGUUUGAUGCCCAGCUCGGAUGCUGCGAUCGGCACCGUGCAACGUUUGAGCCCGUUCUCGCGGACACGGUGCCUUUUGCACGAUCCCCACACACUUAAGUGCACCGAUGAGCAGUUUAAUUCCGAUACGUGCUUUUGCACAAUCCCCCGGUUUCCUUCUCGGUGUUCCGCUUCAAGCAUGCAGGCACCAGUUGAUUGCAUUUUUGCGCUGGGAAUCUGCAGCAAAGUGUGUCCAGGGUUCUGAGGGUUCCCCCCGGCGCUGCAUGAUACUUUGAAAAGUUUUUCUUUUUUGAGUGUUUUUUGGGAGGGGGGGGAGUGAUUUCCCAAACUUGAUAUACCGGAUUUUCAUCGCCGGCUAUGGCGGAUAGGACUGAACGCACGGCGGAGGACACAUUCCGGGACAAUUGUUGUGUUGCAGCCGAGGCUCCAUGAGGUUGUCAGCGGGCCGCACGCCGACUCCACCUUCCCACCUCCUUCUCUUCAAAUCUGCGAGGAAACAAACUCUCCGUCAGGGGAGGGGGGACUGGUCUCUCCGCACACGGGGAUAAAGCGAAGAGCCGUGGAACACUCCCAACAUCGCCGUCUUCUCCCCUCCCGUCCCCCAAGCGGUGGGGGGACGAUCGCAAGCGAUUCGGAUCGGAAGGCCUCUGUGGAUCUAAAACUUUUUAUUUUUAAUUUGUGGAAAAAAUAUGGCCGAUAAUGUCUUGGAGUCCGGCCCGCCUUCAGCCAAGAGGCCCAAGCUGUCCUCCCCAGCUCUCUCUGUAUCUGCAAGUGAUGGAAAUGAUUUUGGUUCACUCUUCGACCUCGAGCACGACCUCCCAGACGAGCUCAUCAGUUCCUCCGACCUGGGACUGACCAAUGGAGGGGACAUCAACCAACUCCAUACCAGUCUCGGAGGGAUCGGUGUGGGGGGAGGCCAGGAUGCUGCUGCAAAACACAAACAGUUGUCUGAACUUUUGCGUACUGGUGCACCAGCACAGCAGGGGGUGCCCACCUCCAACAGUACAGGACCCGGGGCUUCCAUGGGCAUGAUGGGAGGCGUCGGCAUUUCCCCCGGUGCACCCCAAGGCAUGGGCCCGCAGGGCCAGCAACACCCGCCGGGACUAAUGCAGCAGGUUGGGAUGGUCGGAGGGGUGGCGUCGCUCAAUCGGGCGACUGCUAUGAUGGGCGCCCAGAAGGGCAACGGUGGACAGCACCAGCAAGGCAUGAUGGCGGGUCAUGUAGUGAACGGCUCAUCGAGAAUGGGCUACCCUGGCAGUGCGGGCAUGGCUAACAAUGGUAAUCUUUUAGCGGAGACGCUACAGCAGCAGCAGCAGGGGCAGCAAAUGGGGCCCGGGGGUCAGCCAGGGAUACGAGCGCAGCAACCAGGAGCACUGAACAAGAUGAAUAUGAUGGCCAACGCGGGCCCCUAUGGCGGUCCGUAUGGCCAGUCUGCUGGUCAGGGGCUUCCUGGAGCAGGGAUGAACCCACAACUCCAGAACAAGGCGGCGAUGCCCAACAACAUGGUCAGCCAGUUCAACAUGGACAAGAAGGUUCCAGCGGGUCAAGGAAUGCCGGGAAUGGCCCCUCACCAUCAUCAUCAUCAGCAGCAGCAGCCUGCAGGCAUCGGCGGUGUAUCAGUCGGCGGCGCGGCGGCGGUGGGAGCAGCUCAAAUCGGACUAGGCGCUGUAGGGGCGGGUCCCUGCUCGGCGCCCCCUACGGCGGACCCGGAGAAGCGUAAGCUGAUUCAACAGCAGCUGGUCCUCCUGCUCCACGCGCACAAGUGCCAACGGAGGGAGCAGGCCAACGGGGAAGUGCGGCAGUGCAACUUGCCUCACUGCCGCACCAUGAAGAACGUACUCAACCACAUGACUCACUGCCAGGCUGGCAAGUCCUGCCAGGUGGCGCAUUGUGCCUCAUCAAGACAGAUCAUCUCUCAUUGGAAGAAUUGCACACGACAUGACUGUCCCGUAUGCCUGCCUUUGAAAAACGCCGGAGACAAGAGGAACCAGCAAUCUCUUGUCAGCAGUGCGGGGCUGGGUUUGGUGAACUCUUUAGGUUCGGGGGUAUCGGGUGGACAGUCAAAUACUCCCAACUUGAACCCGCCAAAUCAGAUCGAUCCCAGCUCCAUAGAGAGGGCCUACGCUGCCCUCGGCCUUACCUACCAGGGCAACCAGAUGCAACAGCAGCCAUCCCAGGCCAACAUGCCAAACCAGGGACUGCAGGGGCAACCUGGGAUGCGGAAUCUCAAUGCCAUGGGAGGAAACUCUAUGGGAGUGAACGGUGGAGUGCAGGCCCCAAACCAUCAGACGUCCCUUCUACCAGACGCCAUGCUGCAAAACAGCAUGAACACGCAGAGUUUGAUGAAUGACGGCGUGGGGAACCUGGGGUCCAUGCCGACUGCAGCGCCUCCUUCUGCGGCCAUGAGGAAGUCUUGGCAUGAAGACAUCACACAAGACCUCCGCAACCACCUUGUGCAUAAGCUGGUGCAGGCCAUCUUUCCCACUCCUGACCCCGCUGCACUCAAGGACCGGCGGAUGGAAAAUUUGGUGGCGUAUGCUCGAAAAGUAGAGGGGGACAUGUACGAGUCGGCCAACAGUCGGGCGGAGUACUACCAUCUCCUGGCAGAGAAGAUUUACAAGAUUCAAAAGGAGCUUGAGGAGAAGAGGAGGACACGUCUCCAAAAGCAGGGAAUGAUGCCAGGGCAACCCGGCAUGACUUCACCAGGCUUCCCACAGGGACCUCCUCCCAGCCUGGGUCAGCCUCCCAUGGCCCCGGGGCAACCUCCAAAUGGUCCUCAUGCUGAUCCAUCCAUGAUCCGACCUGCGGGACCAAAUCAGAUGGCCAACAGGAUGCAGAACCCAGCAGGAGUCAACCAGUUUGGUCAGAUGGGGAUGCAGUCAAUGGGUCAAAGGUCAACACCUCCUCUCCCCCUCAAUGCUCCGAUGAACCAGAUGGCUAUGGGAUCAGCAAGGAUGGGCCAGCCAAACGCCACACAGCUCCAGAACCAGUACCUCCCACCAGGCCAGUUUCCUGGGUCUAGCCCUGGUCUUGGCUCGGGCCCUGUUGGCGUGAACCAGCCAGGAUCACAGGCUGCUGUUCCACUGCAGAACCAGAUGUCAACGCCGCCAUCUCUACCGGCCGGCAGCCCUUCAGCGCAGUCUGCCACCCCUGUGCCAGGCUCGGCGGCCUCCGGCGGUGUCGGCGGUGCGGGGCCUCCGCCCAGCUUGCCUCCGUCCUCCACCCCAAACCCGCCCAACACGUUUCCUCACUGCCCACCCAUGCGAACAAACUCUCCCUCACCAGCACGCAGCUUAACGCCGCAACCUCAUCAGACCGCUCCGACCUUACCUCGUUCUCAGACGCCGCAGCCGCAAACCCCCAGCACGCCCCAGUUGCCUCCGCCGCACCAACAGCAAGCAUCUCAGCCGCAGUCGCAGCAACUGUCAGCGCAGACGCUGAACCCCGAGAAAACUAAUCAGCCUCCGCAGCAGACACUUGGGGGCGUGACUACCUCUGGGUCCCAGGCAGGUCCGGCGUCUUUGGUGCCGAUCCAGAACGCACACGUGCCGAUGCAGCUGCCGCAGACCCCAGGGUCUCCGAAGCCCCCUACGGCGGCAGACGGCCAGGUAUCUUCUCCGGCCUCAGUCAGCAGCGGCGCUAAUCCCAGCUCUCAGCUCGCCCCGCUGGAAGGUCCUGCUCCCAGCCAAGAGGAUGUCAAAAUGGAAGUAAAAAAGCAGGACGACGAGGAGGAGGAGGAAGGCGUUGAAAGCCAAGGGGAGGGCAAGUCUCUUGGAAAGACGGGCAAAGUUGAGCCUGAUAUUAAAACGGAGGAGAAGGUUGAGGUAAAGAAGGAGCACAUAUCUGGAGACGGGUGUAAAGCAGAGGCCAUGGAUACAUCUUCAUCCACGGCGUCGUCUGUGGAAACGGGUGAAGACAAGAAGCCGGAGGUGAAAAAAGAGCCCAAAGAGCAAGAUGACGCAUCCGAGUCCACAACCUCCCCAGCCAGCACCCAGAGCAAGAAGAAAACCUUUAAGCCGGAGGAGUUGCGUCAGGCUCUGAUGCCCACCUUGGAGGCUUUGUACCGGCAGGACCCCGAGUCCCUCCCCUUUCGUCAACCGGUGGACCCCCAGUUACUGGGAAUACCCGUACGUAUUCGAACUAGUAACAAAACUAACCUGGACUACUUUGACAUCGUGAAGAACCCCAUGGACCUGUCGACCAUCAAGCGGAAACUGGACACGGGGCAGUACCAAGAGCCGUGGCAGUAUGUUGAGGAUAUCUGGCUGAUGUUCAACAACGCCUGGUUGUACAACCGCAAGACGUCACGCGUCUACAAGUACUGCUCCAAGCUGGCGGAGGUGUUUGAGACGGAGAUCGAUCCCGUCAUGCAGGGCUUGGGAUACUGCUGUGGGAGGAAGUUUGAGUUUUCUCCCCAAACUCUAUGCUGCUAUGGAAAACAAUUAUGCACCAUCCAGCGUGAUGCUGCGUAUUUUAGCUACCAGAACAGUUCACCAAAAUAUGGGCUUCUUGCUGACAGGUACCACUUCUGUGAGAAGUGUUUCAACGAAAUCCAGGGCGAGAGUGUCUCCCUGGGUGACGACCCCUCCCAGCCUCAGACGUCCAUCAACAAAGACCAAUUCCAGCGAAAGAAGAACGACACUCUAGACCCAGAGUUGCUUGUGGAAUGUGCCGACUGCGGUCGUAAAAUGCACCAGAUCUGUGUUCUGCAUAAUGAAACCAUUUGGCCUUCAGGCUUUGUAUGUGACAACUGUCUCAAGAUGGCCAAUAAGACACGGAAAGAGAACAAAUAUGCAGCUAAAAGGCUUCCUCAGACCAAGCUGGGGAACUUUUUGGAGACACGAGUGAACGACUACAUCAAACGGCAGAACCACCCUGAAGCUGGCGAGGUCACCAUCCGUGUGGUCCACGUCUCCGACAAGGUGGUUGAGGUCAAACCGGGCAUGAAGUCCAGGUUUGUGGACAGCGGCGAGAUGGCCGAGUCCUUCCCGUACAGGACGAAGGCCUUAUUCGCGUUUGAGGACAUUGACGGCGCAGAUGUGUGUUUUUUCGGCAUGCACGUUCAAGAGUACGGCUCAGACUGCCCGCCUCCCAAUCAGAGACGAGUGUACAUCUCUUACCUGGACAGUGUUCACUUCUUUAAACCCCGACACCUCAGGACGGCUGUCUACCACGAGAUCUUGCUCGGCUACCUGGAGUAUGCCAAGAGGCAGGGGUACACAACGGGUCAUAUCUGGGCCUGUCCUCCCAGUGAAGGUGAUGAUUACAUUUUCCAUUGUCACCCAGCGGACCAGAAGAUCCCCAAGCCCAAAAGGCUGCAGGAGUGGUACAAGAGGAUGCUGGACAAGGCUGUCUCUGAGCGCAUAGUCCAUGACUACAAGGACAUCUUCAAACAGGCAACAGAGGACCGUCUCACGAGUGCAAAGGAGCUGCCAUACUUUGAGGGAGACUUCUGGCCCAACGUGUUGGAGGAGAGCAUCAAGGAGCUGGAGCAGGAGGAAGAGGAGAGGAAGAGGGAGGAGAACAGCACCUGCAACGAGAGUACAGAUGCCACGAAAGGCGACAGCAAGAAUGCCAAAAAGAAGAACAAUAAAAAGACGAGCAAGAACAAGAGCAGCUUGAGCCGAGCCAACAAGAAGAAGCCGGGGAUGCCCAAUGUUUCCAAUGACCUCUCCCAGAAACUCUAUGCCACCAUGGAGAAACAUAAGGAGGUCUUCUUCGUCAUUCGACUCAUCGCCGGCCCCACCGCCAACUCACUGCCCCCCAUCACCGACACUGACCCCCUGAUGGCGUGUGACCUGAUGGACGGCCGUGACGCCUUCCUGACCUUAGCGAGGGACAAGCACUUGGAGUUCAGCUCUCUCCGACGGUCCAUGUGGAGUUCCAUGUGCAUGCUGGUGGAGCUCCACAACCAGAGCCAGGACCGUUUUGUUUACACUUGCAAUGAAUGCAAGCACCACGUGGAGACGCGCUUCCACUGCACCGUUUGCGAGGACUACGACCUGUGCAUCACCUGCUAUAACACUAAAGGUCACGAGCACAAAAUGGACAAGCUGGGACUCGGUCUGGACGACGACAGCAACAACCAAGCGGCGGCGGCUACUCAGAGUCCGGGAGACUCUCGCCGCCUCAGCAUCCAGCGAUGCAUCCAGUCGCUGGUCCACGCGUGCCAGUGCCGCAACGCCAACUGCUCGCUGCCGUCCUGCCAGAAGAUGAAGCGGGUUGUCCAGCACACCAAAAGCUGCAAGCGCAAGACCAAUGGCGGCUGUCCCAUCUGCAAGCAGCUCAUUGCUCUGUGCUGCUACCAUGCCAAACACUGUCAGGAGAACAAAUGUCCCGUCCCGUUCUGCCUGAACAUCAAGCAAAAGCUCCGACAGCAACAACUCCAGCACCGACUCCAACAGGCCCAGAUGUUGAGGAGGAGGAUGGCCAGCAUGCAGAGGGUGGGGCAGCCAGCCGGGGGUCAACCCGGUGGACAUGUUAUGGGACUUCCAUCACCUGGUACCAAUGGCAUCACCGCACCCAGUACUCCAACAUCCGUUGGAACUCAACCGCCAACUCCUCAGACACCAACUCAGACCAUGCCCCCGGUCCCGCAGCAAGCACUGGGCCCAGGACCCGGAGCUCAGCAAGCACCUCAGCAGGGUGGGAUGCCUCCACAAAGUGGCAUGCCUCCACAGCAGCAGCUUCACCACCAGUUUCAGCAGAUGCCGGGUGGAGGGGUUGGCACGGGGGGCAUGAUGGGCUCCCCUCAGCAUCCGCACCAGAUGCUCCCACAGGUCCAGCAGCAAAGCGGAGCAGGAACCAACCAUCAGCAGCUCCACCAGCACCCCAACAAUGUUCCUGGAUAUGCUAGCAGACCCCCGGGCUCCUCUCCUAUCCACCAUUCCCAAGGAAAACCGGUUCUAGGGUCUGCCACACCCCCUCGGCAGCAACCCGGUUGCCCCGUCAUGGCGGGAAGCGUGGGGGGCCAACCCCCCAAUCAGCCCCAAGGCCAGCCUGCUCUUGCACAGCAGCAACAGCAGCCAACCUCUGGUCCUCCGCCCGCUGCAGUGGAGAUCGCAAUGAAGAUCCAGAGGGUCGCUGAUGCUCAGAGGAAAAUGGCUCUGCAGAGACAAGCAGCCGCAGGUUUAAUGCCGUCUCAUCCCCACCAUCAACAGGGCCAAGGUCAACAGAUCGCCAUGGGACACCCAGGAACUGGAGCAACGGUCGGGCCACAGGGGAUGCCGCCCCAAACACAAGCUGCAAUGCAGUCUGCUCGGGCUCAUAUGGAUCAGCAACAAAGUGCUCCGCCCGGGAUGAUGGUUGCAGCCGGCGGGCCCAUGCAGCAGCAACCGCAGCAAGGCACCCUGCCCCAGGGCCAGAUCCCGUCUCAGGCGCAGCUUCAGCAGCAGAGGAUGAGCGCCCCGCUCCAAAACCAGCAGCAGUGGACCGGCCAGGGGAUGCCGCCCCAGCAGAGGCAGGCCAUGAUGAACCAAAUGGGCCAUCAGGUGCUGAUGUCAGCGCAGCAGAUGCAGCAACAACAACAACAACAACAACAACCGCAGCAACAACAACAACAACAACCGCAGCAACAAGCUCAGAGCCAUACCGCCAUGAUGAAUAUGGCGCAACAGCAGUCGCAAGGUGCGAGUGGUGGGGUUCCAGGUGGAGCUGUGCCUGGACCUGUCCCAGGAGCAGGUGCGGCUGGCAACAUCACCCAGGCGGCCUUACACGAUCUUCUACGCACUCUUCGCUCACCCAGCUCGCCUCUCCAGCAGCAGCAAGUCCUCAACAUACUGCGCUCUAACCCUCAACUCAUGGCUGCUUUUAUUAAGCAGAGGGCAUCGAAAUACAAGGGCGCACAGGGGGGCCCCGGCGGCAUGCCAGGAGCUCCUGGACCCACAGGAGGUGCUGUCGGUAAUGUCAUGGCGGGAGGGGGCCCGCAGAUGAACAUCAAUGCAGCUGCUGCAGGCCAGCCAGGCAUGCACAUGGGGGGCCAGGGAGGGGCGAAUGUCAACAUGGCCGCUAUGGCUCAGCUACAGCAGGUGCAGCAGCAGCAGAUGCAACAGCAAGUGCAACAGCAAGUGCAACAGCAAGUGCAACAGCAACAGAUGCAGCAGCAACAACAACAACAGCAGCAGAUGCAACAACAGCAGAUGCAGCAGCAGAGACCACUUCUUGGUACUUUACAGCAGCAACAAGUUGCAGCUCUACAACAACAACAACAGCAGCAGCAAGCAGGAGGAAGAGGUCUGCAAGGCCAAGGACCCCAGAUGGCAAAUCUUAACAGAGAACUGCUCAUGAGGAGACAUCUGCAACAACAACAACAGCAGCAACAACAACAACAACAACAACAGCAACAACAAAUGGGAGUUAAUCACGGGCAAUUUCAGCAGCCACAACCCCCACAGGGGCAAUGCUACCUGGGACAACCUGGGAUGCAGCCUCUCCCAGUGGGCCAGGGGCCCCCAGGAGGCCCACCCCUCGGCCCUCAGCAACCCGGGGGACCCCCCGGCCAGCAGGGCCAAGGUUACCCAGGCUCGGUCCAGCAGCAGCAGGCCACAGCCGCACUGCAGCAAAGGCUCCAGCACCAACACCACCUCCAAAUGCAGCAACAGAAUGCCAUGGUGGGCCUGCCCGGGGGCGACGCCGGGUCCAGUGUCGGCGGGGGUGUAGCGGCCCCCCAGCAGUCACCCCAAGGUCCUCAGACGGGUCAAAGCGGCCCGCCACCUUCGCAGGCCCUUCUCCAGCAGGCCCUCCACCAGAGGCUGCUUCAACAGCAGCAACAUCUCGCCACCGGAGGCUCACCAGCGCAGCACAGCAAUCCCAUGAGCCCUCAGCAGCCCCCGCAGAUGGCCCAGUCGCCCCACCCGCACCUGCAGGGCCAGGCGCUGCCCACAUCCCUGGCUAACCAGGUGCGCUCGCCCCAACCCUCGCCCAGACCCCAGUCCCAGCCUCCACACUCCAGCCCGUCCCCGCGCAUGCAGCCCCAACCUUCCCCGCAUCACAUAUCCCCCCAGAUGCAGACGGGCUCCCCGCACCCGGCCCACCUGAACCAGCACCACCCGGGCAUGGUGGUCCCCCCACAGCAACAGCCUUCGUCCCAGCAGCAGCAGCAACAGAACUCUAUGGAGCAGUUCGGCUCGGACCAGAGUGCCAUGUUAUCUCAGCUGAGCGGUAUGGCGGGUCUGCACGGGCAGGGGGGCGGCAGUCAGGACCCACUGGGGCAGAGUAUGAAUCACAACCCUUUAGACAUCAUGUAGGAAUUCUACUUCGUGUGUCAUGUUGAGCUGGAAACGCUCGGAUUCUUCGCACAAACUGCACUCAUCCAGGACAGUGUUAUCUCUCAUUACUUAGCCUUUCUUUUUGAUACUAUUAUUAAAUGUUAUUUAAAAUGUUUUCAAUAAAGAUACAUUGAACUGAACUUCCUAUGGGAGAUGAACAAUAAAAUCAAGCAGUCAUUAAAUAAAUUAGAAUAAAUGAAUUAUAAGUUAUUGCUGUUUUAAUAUAUUUUUUGCCAAUUGUGGACAAAGGGGGAGGUGGUUUGUCUCGCGCCCCCACAGCUUACAGAAUACAUGAAAGGUAAUAUUUUUGGAGGUAUGCGACUACGUGGGGGGGACUUGCCUUUUUUUUAAAAAUGUUUUUAAGUGUCGAAUUGAAGAGGAAGUGAAAUAAUGCAAAUAAUUUUUUUUUUUUUUUUAAUUGUGUCCCACCAUUCAGUCUGAGUUUGUUUUUGCAGAGUGGGACGGGAUUAUUAUUCAUGUGAACCCAAACAUGAUGCAUAUCUUUUGCUUUAUUUAUUGUUUUUGGGGUGGGGUGUCUGUACCUUGACACUGCGCUACACUUCCUAUAGAAAUAUAUUUUUGUUAUUGAUUGUUCAGACCGGGGUAGUUUUUCUUUCACUUGACAUGACUUUAGUUGGGUGUGUCCGGGGUUGGGUGGGGUAUAAUCCAGAUGUCAGUGUUUUCUUGCAGUCUGCUGUGAGUUUGACAUGAGAGGACACUUUGUGACGUCCCAGCCAGCCUCUGUCAUGGACAUCCACCAUGCUGGAAGGGACGGUUCCCUUGCAAACAUGCAGACCCUCUCCCUCGAAUGUGUGUGCACUCCUUCCUUAAAAGACACUCGAUAAGGAGCAUGGGAGACUUGGGGAGGUGGGCUGCAUACCUGUGUGCCUGUAAACCUUUGAGUACAUCGGCUGGGAUGUGAAACAUGAGCGUGAUGGGCUCCUUGUAUUUUUUUUUAUUUUUUUUCACAAUUCUCCUAUUGGGAUUCAAAGGAGAACAUCGAUCCAAAUGAACUGUGUUGCACAGAAAUGAGGAGAAUGGAGGAGAUAUGAGUCAGUCAGUCUCCAUUUCUUUCUGCCUCGUCCCCUUUGCUGCUUCCCUAGGACUCCACCCCACCCCAGCCUCCGCCAGGGGGAAUGGUUCUCCCCCCAAAGUCCAUUCUCUAUCUUUUUCUGCUAAGAACUUUGGGAGUUUAUUUAAUAUUUUUUACUGUACAAUGGAAACUGUGGACUCAAAUACUGUUUUUUAUAAUAAAAUCAAAAUGAACAAUAA